GGGAAUUCCGGCUUACGCCAUUUUCACUUUUCCAUCCUUCUAGAUUAACGCGUACUUGUGUAAAGAGUACGUCAGCCCCAGCCCUCAAACUGCAAAAGGAUCAUGUAUAUAUGCAUUUCAAUUGUCGAUCGUAGGUAGGAUCUUCCUUACAUGGCCAAGAUGGCUACCUGCAGAGAGUCUGCCGGAUCCCGACAGUCAUGUCUCUGGGGGGAAUCCUAUACCUAAUCCAAUGUCCACUUCACUAAAGCGUAUGUAAAUAGUAAUAUCAUGCCCUUCCAUUUCCAUGUCUUGUCUCUUAAUCUCCUUUUCCUUCUCUAUUCCUAUCCCAAUGUCGUACCACCUGCGAUUUAAUCGAGCCUUUGUGAACCCCCAAUAUAAGAUGCUUUCUCUGCUAUAGCCAACAGUUCAUUUUCGGAAGCGGAACCCAUUCGCUGUCCUGUGUAUCCUUCCCAUAUCGCUUCCCUUCACAUUCAACGAUGGCGUACCGGAUAGGAGAAAGCUUCUUGAUACUGUCUUCGUCCGAGGAAUCGGACGAGCUAUCUGAACCCCAGCCGGACAGGGUAAAUAGCAAGCCCGUUAGCUUUUCAAACAGAAUAAAUAGUACGCUCAAAAAGAAGAACCUUUUUAUCAACACUUCCUUUCCUAUAAAUGAGCCAGACAACCAAAAUAACGCCGAGCAGCUUCUAAGAUCUGAAGUGGCUAAUGCUCUGGGCAUUGACGCGAGAUCUCUUCCUCAGCCGUUUCAUGGAUUGAUACGGGACUAUGACGACUCUAGCUCCGUAUAUUCUGUUUCAAGUAACACUCAGAAGCUUCUGGAUGGAUCGAAGCUAGCGGGAAAAGAUUCUAUAAGCUCAGUCUCGGACUAUUCGCCCCCAGUUGAUACUGCCGAAUGGAGGAAGUCAACGGGCGACUCAGUCGAAAAGCGCCUUGGUGCCGCUAUGACUAGCAUCCUCGGGAUUGAUGGUGGAUCUAUGCCUCUAGAUGAAUCGUUUCUGGAUCUUGGGGGGAACGGCCGGAAAGCUAGAGAGCUUCGAGCGGAGUGUAUGGAGGCGGGUCUAGAUAUUAAGACCAGGGAUAUUAUGAACUGCAAGACUAUCGCCGAGCUUGAGACGCGUAUAAUGCCGCUUAUCCCACGGAAACUGUCGGAGAGAACGAUUCAAUCAACGACUAUUAGCCCGCCCGAACCAGAGUCGCCAGAGAUCCAACCAGACAAAUAUAAAUAUCAAGUACCAGACUAUUCUCAACCUCCAGCAAUUCCACCCAAGGCGGCAGCUAGAUACUCUCUCGUUCAACCACAGCCCAGACCUACACCAUCCAAGAGAAGUUCUGCUAGAGUUGAGCAAAUUUUGUAUCAACAUGGAGACGUCUCGAAGGCUUCUGUGCUCAAAUCAAAGGCUGGACCAUUUGAGGGCCGGCUUGUGGCAUUUGUCACCCUGAGAGACUGUGUGGUGGACGGCUCAGAUGACUGCGAAGUUAAACUACAGAACCCUUAUUAUACCAUCAAGCUACCAUAUAUUCGGAAGGUAGUUGAGUCCCAAGUACCGCCGAGUCUCAUUCCCAGCGUCUGGAUCGUGUUAGAAAAGAUGCCCUUGGACGAUUCCGGUAAUAUUAACCGGAGAAAGCUACAAACGUGGAUUCAAAACGCCAAUGAUGAGGUAUAUCACCAAAUCUUAUCUAUCGAUUCGAGGGCUAGUUUAAGACAGCCUACCAGUGUAAUCGAAAGACGCCUCCAGAAGACUGCAAGUAGGGUGUUGCAGAUGGAUCAAACUGGUAUAGGCAUGAAUAUGUCAUUCACAAGCCUGGGUGGCGAUGAGAGCGCCGCGACGAAGUUUGCAGCUAAAUGCGAAUCUCAGGGCAUUCGUCUUGAUACAGAAGAUAUCAUGCAAGCGACUUCGUUAACUCAACUUGCUGCCCUUGCAACGUCAAGUAAGUCGCAUUCGCGUAAUAUGAACGGUAUCCCAGUCGAUACCUUCGAGCUAUCGCCUAUGCAGCGUUUGUAUUUCCAUACCUCAUUGGGUAACGACGUUUACCAACGGGAAGCUAGGAACAACGAAUACAGGUUCAAUCAAAGCAUAUUAUUUCGACUUAAGCGAGCUAUAGGUGUUGAAGACGUGGCGGCGGCGAUAGAGGCUGUAGUCGGCCAUCAUUCCAUGCUCAGAUGUCGGUUCCGACGUAGCGGAAGUUCCUGGUGUCAGUCGAUAGAACCGGAUAUCUCAUCUUCAUACCAUUUUGCCCACCACACAGUUACGACGGACGCAGAAGUUGAAAAAGUAGCUAUAGUCGCCCAAGAGACGAUCGAUAUCGAGACAGGCCCCGUGUUUGCUGCUCACCAUUUCCACACCCGCGACGGCCGCCAGAUGCUCUAUAUGGUUGCUCAUCAUCUUGUCGUCGAUUCAAAGUCAUGGCGCGUCAUAGCAGAUGACUUGGAAGGGUUACUCACCAAGGGAUAUCUCAUAUCCGGCCACACACUCUCCUUUAGAGAAUGGACGCUUCACCAUAGACAUCGCAUACGGGGAAUGGAACUCCCUUUUGACGUGCCGAUGGGAAACUAUAAAUACUGGGGGAUUGAUCCCGCCUCUAACACGUACGGGAAUACACUGGUUACCGGAUUUACGCUCAAUGCAGAUGUCACCUCAGCUCUUGAAGCUAGCUGCCGAGCGCUUCAGACGGGUUCCGUAGACCUUUUCAUGGCUGCUAUUAUCCUUUCCUUUGCGCAGGGUUUCCACGACCAUCCAAUACCGACUCUUUGGAACCAAGUAAAUGAGAGAUCCGUAUUCGGUACGGAGCGAAAUGUAUCAGAGACUGUGGGAUGGUUCACCUCGCUCUGCCCGGUAGCUAUCGAUGCUUCUCCAUCGGACAAUAUUUCAACUAUACUGAGUCGAUUCAAGGACUCAAAUCACACUGCUACCGACAAAGGUGCCUUAAAAUUUACUAAGAAUAUGAUAGAUAGCACUUCCGCCCUUUCAUUUGUUUCCUCCUACUAUCCUCUCGAGCUCAUGUUUACUUACGUUGGAACGACGCAAAACGUACGAAGUCAAGAUACUCUAUUGGAACAACUCCCUGCGUUGGGUGGGACGCUGGUUCCAAAUAUGUUAGAUAUCGGAAGCGAAGUCGGACGUCUCGCCAUAGUCGAGGUUUCAAUAUCAAUCGAAGGAGGUGAAACAAACGUCAGCUUUCUUUAUCAUAAAAACUCCGCACAUCAGGAGAAGAUACAUAGUUGGAUUUAUGGCUGUGAGAAGAUACUCCGCCAAGCUGCAGAAGGGCUACAGCAUGGAGUUUCCGGGCUAUCUUCAUCUGACGUUCUUCAUAUGAACAUCACUGAUGAGGAGCUUAACCGAUUAAAUACGACAAUCCUACCACGCCUCAAUCUAGAUAUUUCCAACAUCGAGGCUAUUUAUCCCGCAACAGACAUCCAGCAAGACAUUAUUAUAAACCAGGCCCUGGUUCCGGGGAGUUCUAAGGCGUUGAUGAUUUGCGACCUCGCGACGUCUGAUCGGCCUGUUGACGUUUCGCGCAUCUGUGCUGCUUGGCUUCAAGUAACAUUAAAACACUCCGCUCUAAGAACCGUCUUCUCUCAAAGCGCCUCGAAUAACGGCCUAUACGACCAGAUAGUUUUAAGAUCUCAUUCACCUACCAUGCUUUUCCUUGAAAGCGACAGUGUGGAAGAUGCAAUGAUAUCCAUCGACAACUUGCCCCCUUUAUCAUUAAAUGAAGGUAUUCCCUGGCACAGACUCAUUGUAUGCCAAGUAACUGGGAAGACAUUCGUAAAGUUAGAAGUUAGUCAAGCAGUAUGCGACGUUGCCAGCAUGACUAUUCUCUUCAGAGAAAUCGACCAAGCCUACUUCCAUAACUUAACCCCAUUCAGACCCGAAGCAUCUUAUCCUCAGCAUACGCAAUACUUGAAGAAAGCUUCAUCCAGUAUUGAUUUUUGGAAGGAGCAUUUAGAGGGUGUUCAGACGUGCCAAUUUCCCAGACUUAGAUCGCAAUCUCCUAUCCUAAGUGAAUGGGAGACUACGUCCAUCGAUCUUGACAUCCAGUGCGAGAGACUUGAGACUCUCGCUAGUGAGUGUAGCAUAGAUAUAUCUACUAUACUUAGAGUUGCAUGGGCUUUACUGUUGCGAAAUUAUACCGGAAAAGACAGCGUUUGCUUCGGGUAUCGCGUUGUUGGUAGAGAUUUCUCCAUCGGGAACUUGGGAAAUGCUGUUGGUUCAUUUUCAACUGUUCUGGUAUCCAAGAUUGAGAUCCCUACUGAGGAAUUCGUCACACAGCUAUUAGUGAACGCGGAAAAGGAUCGUAUAAAAGCACUCGAUCAUCAGGACGUGCCCAUAAAUAGGGUUGAGCAUGAACUGCAGAUCAGAGGUGGCCGUUUAUUCAACACCUACCUUUCGUUCGGAUAUGAGUACAUCUCACAUGAGACCUCUGCAAGUUCGAAGUGUCGACACAUCAGGACCGAGCAAGCCUCAGAGUAUGAUGUCGGUGUCGAUGUAUACUUCCACGACGGGAGCAUCACAGUUGACAUUGGACACCGCAUACUCAACUCCGAUCAAGCAAUCACCGUGGCAUGUGCAUUUGGAAGGGCUAUUGAAGCCAUCCUCGACUCACCAACUGGUACGGUUCAGGAGGUUGACCUGUUUAGUAUGCGCGAUCAUGAGCAAAUCCUGGCAUGGAAUAGCAUACCUCAAGCUGACAUACCUAAGGGGCGUGUUCACGACUUAGUUGCGCACCAAGCUUCAAUAAAUCCGGGAAUUCAAGCCAUCUGUGCGUGGGAUGGAGACUUGUCUUAUGGCGAUCUACAUGAUUUAUCCAUAGUCCUUGCUAAACAUCUCUUGGCUUCUGGCAUGAAGCCGCAGAUGCCCGUACCAGUGGUGAUGGACAAGAGUCGCUGGGCUGUGGUGGCCAUGCUAGCGGUACUCUACGCUGGCGCAAUUUUGGUGCCUAUUGAUGUUGAGAUCUCCUCGAUCAUUGCUCGAGCGAUGCAGGAAGUCAGUGCCGAGUUUGUGCUUAGCUCUGCUGAUGCUCGGAGGUAUGUAGAUGGUCUUGGGGCAAAGGUCGUCGUUGUAGACGAAAACACCGUCCUAGCCAUGUCGGCGCAAGCUGUUGAUAUAGACCUUCUUUGCCCCACGCCCUACGAAAUGGCGUGUAUUCUCUUCAGCGCCGGGACUUCCGGGACCUUCAAGAGCGUCUCGUAUAGCCAUGGGUCUUUAGCAGCUGCUUGUGUCGGACAGGGUUCUACUCUACUGAUCAACCCGUCCAGUAGGGUCAUGCAGCUCUCUUCGUAUAAUGUCGAUAUUGCGCUUUCGGAAAUAUUCACCACCUUGGUUAACGGAGGCUGUGUCUGUAUCCCUUCAGCCUCGGAGAGGAUAUCGAACUUCUCUAAGGCUGUAAGGCGCAUGCAUGUUAAUUGGACAUAUUUGACACCGACUUUGUCAAGGAAAUUAGAUCCAGAAAGCCUACCGGACCUUUCCAUCGUCUGUAUUCGGGCACGGCAUCUUGACGAUGAUGUCUAUGCACCGUGGAUCGGCAAGGCUAAAGUAUUGAUGGCGUAUGGUUCUCCUGAAGCUGGUCCCCUUGCACUUUCUGCCACCGAAGUGACUGAUUCCAAGGCUUCGCAAUGCUUCGGUAACCCAUUCUACGGCAACUUCUGGAUAGUGAGCCCCGAAGAUAGUAACCGACUCAUGCCAGUGGGCGCCCUUGGCGAGCUGAUAAUAGGGGGGCCCACACUUGCUAGCGGUUUGGAUAUCCAUGAACCUGAUAUCAAGACCUGGGUUGAAAAGAGUACAGCUCGUCCAACGUCGCUACUGGAGAAAUCGGGGAGUCGCCUACUCAAGACUGGAGAUUACGCCCGAUAUCUCGAAGAUGGUAGGAUUGAGUUCUCCUCAGACGAUGGCGGAGAAGUAGAGAUUGAAGGUAAAAAAUUCCGUCUUUCGGCUAUUGAGUCAAAGCUUCGGCAAUGCCUUGGUCGGGGUGUCGACGUGGUGGUUGAAGUGAUUGCCUUCAACGACCCCAACUCGGAUCCGAUCCUAACAGCAUUUAUCGAUUUUGGAGAAAAUGCAUUGAAAAGGGGUGAAGGCUUGUCUAACCUCAGUCGCACUACAAAGGAGAGAUUAUACCUUUCUAAGAAGAUGGCUAGUAUGGCGCUCCGAGAGAUCUUGCCGAGUUAUAUGGUACCCUCGGCAUAUAUACCUGUUAGGCGUAUGCCUUUAACACCAACGUUGGAAGUCAACAGGAUAGAACUCCAACGAAUAAUUGCGGGUUUAUCCAGGAAGCAACUUCUCGGGCUAACAGAAGUCUCGAACCCUCAAGAGCUCCAGGAUACAAGUUUCAAGCCUCUCCCCCUAACUGAAAUUGAGCAUCGAAUGCGGGCUAUAUGGGCUCAAGUACUCGGCGUCGAAGAAGGUUCGAUUACAGCCAGCGAUGGAUUUUUAACUCUAAGCGGUGAUAUUGUUCUGGCCUAUGAACUAAUCAAACAGUGCAAACAGCGUGGAGUUGGUAUUUCUAUUGUCGAUAUCCUUCGAAACAUCUCCCUAGGUGAAAUAUGUAGGGGAGUUGUUACUAUAGAGAUAUAUCCCGCAGUCAUUCAAGAAGACUUUGAACUGACACAAUCAAACCCCCCAAGUUCCCCUACCAGCAAAGAAAUUGUGUCACGGGUUGGAAUCGACAGCAGUUUGAUUGAGGAUGUAACCGAGACGUCAUCACUACAAGCAAUGUUCAUUGAGUCUGGGAUGUUACAUACUCGUGGCAAUAUCGAUUACUUAGAGAUCAGCAUCACUGGGUCUCUAGACUGGCAUAAACUUCAAGAUGCAUGCUUUAUGUUAACUGACGCUCAUCCCAUACUCAGAACCUCGUUUACUAGCUACAGUCGCCGACUUUACCAGACCGUCUAUCGGUCGCACCGUCCGGAGUUUCUAAGGUACCAGUGCCAGAGCUGGAGACUCAGCAACCUGACCACGAAGCUCGUCAAAAGGGAGCAAGCACAGCUGGUUGAUUUCAGUCAACCCGUCACCAAGUUUUCCUACUUCGACGCUGGGAGGAGCUCUGUCCUCGUUAUACGACUCUCUAGGGCUCAAUAUGAUGAUCUUUCUUUACCCGUGCUAGUUCGAGACUUGGCCUGGUUUUAUAAUUGUAGCGAUCAGCCCACCCGACGUCCUGGUUUUUGCGAAGUGGCUAGAGCUUCUCAUCGUAUGCGAUCAAAUGGCACAAGCGAAUACUGGCGUAGUCUGCUCGAAGGCGCAACAGUGACGCAAAUAAUAUCACAGCCCUCGCCUGCGAAAGUCAGCUUGAAUCAUACGACCAUUCACCGACAAAUCCCUGCUGGGUCACUACAUAGCUUAGGUAUAUCAUUCGAGACGAUCCUUAAGGGUGCCUGGUCAGUUGUACUUUCAACUCUUUCUGCCACUGACGAUGUCGUCUUCGGACAGCUCGUGGAUGGGAGAAACCUCGGCCUUCCGAGUAAACAAAAUAUCUUGGAUGUUGUUGGUCCUUUAGGCAACAUUUUACCUGUUCGAACACGAUUACCAGAUAUUCCAAUCACGCCGUACGAAUAUUUCCGGUAUGUCCAAAGCCAGCAUGUUGCCAGUAUAUCACAAAACAUGCAGCUCUCAGACAUUAUACAAAAAGCUACUUCCUGGCCAUCUUGGAUUCGCUUCAGUACCGUCAUCUACCAUAAAAACCAAAACAAGGGUACUGGGAUGAUCGAGUUUGCUGUUGGAAACGCUAUGUGUAAACUAAAUUGCACGGACACGAACUACCCGCUGUCAGACAUCUUUGUCAGAUCAUGCAUGUUGGGAUCUGCUAACGUCGAUAUAUCCCUUACGUUCAGCGAAAAGAUAAACACCUCCUUCGCCGAUGGGGCCUUGGAUGUGCUUUGUUCGGUCAUUUCGCUUCUCACUUCUACCUUCGUGAUGGAGCCAUUAUAUUUGAAAGGUCUCGGCGAUAAUCACUUAGCGUCGAGGAUUCCCCUCCUAGCACCUAAACGAGAGCCUAGUAUACCUCUGACAGUCGAGUCAGUCGAGCCCGAUCUUGCUCGGGCCGUCCACGCCAUUAUAUCAUCUGCGUGGGAUACGAUUCUCGAGGCUUACUCACUCAAGGUUCCUGAUAUACGAUCGGUUCCCUUCUACGAGAUUUGGGGUUCACUAGUUCCUGCCGCUGAGCUCGCCAAGUACUAUACCAAUAACAUGCCUUCUGCUCUUGGUGUCGAACGGACCACUUUCACGGCAGAAGAGAUUAUCGAUCACCCGACGAUGAUGCAACAAUACGAACUAAUCAUUGCGAAACAACGAUCGCCGCAUCCCAGACGCAACAGGAAUAGCAUGUUGAUUCGCACACAGUCGGUUUUGGGCAGAAGUAUACGCAGGCUGCCUCGCGUCAGCGUCGCACCAAGUGCUCCUAUUCCAAGGAGCAACCAUAGACCAAUGGGUAGCAGCACUUCCAUGGAGUCGAUGACGACGGGGAGUAGCCUGAGCGAUUAUGAUGAGCCAAAGGAGCAUGAGAUCGCUCUAAGCCGCAGCACCCGCGAGGCAAAGGGAAUUGUCCAGGAGGGGAAGCACUCCAAGGCAACAAAGAAGGGGCCUUCGCUCCUUGGGAAAAUGUUGCCUACAAUCUCAGGUUAAAUUUUUGCUUUUUUCUUUUGUGCAGAGGCAGUUAAAAUCUUUGGAUGGUUACUGAGGCCGCAUCAUGGAAUACAAUUAUCUGCAUAGGUGGUGUUUGGGUUCGAAGAGAUGACUACUAACGAGAACAAUAUUUUGAUACCUG